AUGGGCUCCCGGCUGGGCAGACCCCCGAGGGGCCGGGGGGAGAGCCCGACUGGGGGCAAGCGGUCCCGGAAAAAGCCGGAGGAGGCAAGCGAAGCGCGGGAAUUGGCCCACAGCGCCGGCGGCUUCGUGCUGGGCGUGUUGCUGGCCAGCCUGUACGGGGCUGCGGUGCUGCUGGCGCAGGGCCGCGACAUCUGGUACUGCCUGGUCACCACCAGCAGCCUGGGGGCCGCGCUGGGGCUGGGCAUGGCCUUCUCCGCCAAGGUGCGGGUCACCGUGCUGCUCUCGCUGCCCCACAUCUUCACCAGGGAGGGGAAGGUGCUGCUGCUGCUGCUGGCGCUGGGCAUGGCGGUGCAGGGUCCCUGCGCCAACGUCCUGCAGAACUUCUCCCGGGCCGCCGAGUCGCUGUCGUGCGGGGCCGAGCUGGCCCUCAACCAGACGGCCGAGCGGCUGCAGCGCGCCCAGGAGCCGCUGCUGGACAUGCUGGCUAAAAUCAAGGAGAUCUCCCAGAAAGCCAAGGUGGUGGGCGACCAUGCCCGCAGGGUCUUCCGCUCCCUCAUGGACUCCGUCAGCUACGUCGCUCAGGCCCUGCGCAACGUCUGGCGGUGGCUGAUGAAGGUGGGCGAGGUGUGCAACCGGGAGCUGGGCUCCCCCUACGCCCGCUGCCUGCGCCUCUUCCACGAGGCCAAGGACAAGUGCGAGCGCACCAUCCCCUUCCUCUCCUUCCUCUGCUACAUCGUCGUCAUCUUCAGGCCCCUCUGCGGUUUGGCCAAGGUUGCCCUCCUCUUCUGCGUCAUCCCCAGCUACAUCCAGUCCUUCCUCAGGAGGAAAAUUUCAGAUCCCCUCAAGGACGCUCUGGAGCGCGUCCGCCGGGAGUUUGAGUUCAACAUCUCGGCCACGCACCACUUCAACAUCAGCCUGGGCGCCAGCAAGAGCCUGGGGGAGGUGGCCACGGACAUCAUGGAGGGCGUGCGCCUGCGCCUGGAGCCCACCCGCCGCGUCCUGGGGCUCUUCCUCCACUUCUCCUUCUGCGCCAUCCUCUACCUCUACCUCCAGGCGGUGCGGUACCGUCACCGGUACCUGCGGGACGACACCUUCGACAACGUGUACAUCACGCGGCGCUUCGUGGAGCUGGACCUGCGGCGGGCAGAGCAGGGCAGAGCCACCGUCCUGCCCCUGACGGCCAGGGAGUGCACCCGCUACGUCUCCCCAGGUCAGCCCUGCGCCGGGGCCGGGAUAUGGCUGUCGUACAAGGAGUGCCGCCGGUACGGGCUGCAGCUGGUGGCCAUCCUGCGCCACGUGCUGCUGGGGGCCAGCAUCAUCCUGGCCGACUACAGCCUUUUCUGGCUGCUCGACCUGAUCCGGCACCUGAUGCAGGGGGAGAUCGUCGCCCGGGCGCCGGUGGUGUUGGGCAUCAGCGUCAACGGGUCGGGCUACACCAGUGAGAUCUUCAGGGACGUGGUCUCUGCCUUCGACGUGCUGCAGCGGGGCAACGUCUCGGUGCUCUCCCAGCGCUGCGUCGUCCACCCCGUGGAGCCCGACUACGGCACCUACGUCGCCAUGGGACUCCUUUAUGGCGUCUGCUUCUUCACCACCGUCUUCGGCAGCUACGUGGCACGCCUGCGCCGGCUGGUGUGUGCCGCCUACUACCCGUCCCGCGAGCAGGAGCGCACCGCCUUCCUCCACAGCACCAUCCUGGCACGCCGGGCAGGGUUGGCACGUGCCCUGUACCAGGCCACCAAGCGAGGCGCGGUCGACGCCGGGCAAGGCAACCUGCUCCUCUUCCUCUCCUCCACGGUGCCUGGCUUUGCCCGGCUGGCUCGCCUCCUGGGCAUCCAGCAGAAACGCUGCCUGGCCUGCGAGAUGCCGGAGCAGCCGGAUUUCAUCAAGUGUAUGACGCCCAAAUGCAAAGGGUUGUACUGCAGCGAGUGCCACAAAACCCUGCAAAACGUCUGCUCCGUCUGCACGGGUCCCCUGAGCUGCUGGGACGCGGGGGACGAGGAGAUGGACUCCAGCGACGAGGAGACGGUGGGGCUGUGGGUCGGUGCCGCGCGGGCGCUGCGGGGACAGGAGGGAGGACGGCUGUUGCGGCAACGCGUCCGGGAGGUGGCGGCGGGAAGGGGGGGCGGCAGGAGGUUGCCCCCCGAAUUGGCAGCCCGGCUGCGGGCCCAGCUGAAGGAGUUGGCAAGCGGGGAGAGCGACGGGGCCAGCAGCGGGGUGGACGGCGAGGACAGCUCGCUUUCCAGCCUGGACUUUGGCUACCAGGAGCAGCCCGACAGCAGCGGGAGCGAGCUGGAGGAGGUGGUGGCCCUGCGGCCGCCCAGCAGCGAGGGCAGGGCCCGGUGA